CCCUCCUCCGUCUCCUCCCCUCCCGUUCCUCAUCCCCUCGCCCUCCCCCCGCGCCGGGACUUUUCCGGAAAGUUUUUAUUUUCCGUCUCGGCUCUCGUAGAAAGAAGCUCCUGGCUCAGCGGCUGCAAAACUUUUCGACUGCCGCGCCGCCGGCUCCCGCCCUCAGCUGCCCGGCCCCACGCCGCGCCGAGCGAUGAGCGCCCCUCCGGUCCUGCGGCCGCCCAGCCCGUUGCUGCCGGUGGCGGCGGCCGCGGCGGCAACUGCUGCCGCACUGGUCCCGGGGUCCGGGCCGGGGCCCGCGCCGUUCCUGUCUCCCGUCGUGGCUCCGGUCGGGGGUAUCUCGUUCCAUCUGCAGAUCGGCCUGAGCCGCGAGCCAGUGCUGCUGCUGCAGGACUCGUCCGGGGACUACAGCCUGGCGCACGUCCGCGAGAUGGCUUGCUCCAUCGUCGACCAGAAGUUCCCUGAAUGUGGUUUCUAUGGAAUGUAUGAUAAGAUCCUGCUUUUUCGCCAUGACCCUACCUCUGAAAACAUCCUUCAGCUGGUGAAAACGGCCAGUGAUAUACAGGAAGGCGAUCUUAUUGAAGUGGUCUUGUCAGCUUCUGCCACCUUUGAAGACUUUCAGAUUCGUCCCCAUGCUCUCUUUGUUCAUUCAUACAGAGCUCCAGCUUUCUGUGAUCACUGUGGAGAAAUGCUGUGGGGGCUGGUACGUCAAGGUCUUAAAUGUGAAGGAUGUGGUCUGAAUUACCAUAAGAGAUGUGCAUUUAAAAUACCCAACAAUUGCAGUGGUGUGAGGCGGAGAAGGCUCUCAAAUGUUUCCCUCACUGGGCUCAGCACCACCCGCACAUCAUCUGCUGAACUCUCUACCAGUGCCCCUGAUGAGCCCCUUCUGUCUCCUGUGAGUCCUGGCUUUGAGCAGAAGUCACCAUCAGAGUCGUAUAUUGGUCGAGAGAAGAGGUCAAAUUCUCAAUCAUACAUUGGGCGACCAAUUCAACUUGACAAGAUUUUGAUGUCUAAAGUUAAAGUGCCGCACACAUUCGUCAUCCACUCCUACACCCGGCCCACAGUGUGCCAGUACUGCAAGAAGCUUCUGAAGGGGCUUUUCAGGCAGGGCUUGCAGUGCAAAGAUUGCAGAUUCAACUGCCAUAAACGUUGUGCACCAAAAGUACCAAACAACUGCCUUGGUGAAGUGACCAUUAAUGGAGAUUUGCUUAGCCCUGGGGCAGAGUCUGAUGUGGUCAUGGAAGAAGGAAGUGAUGACAAUGAUAGUGAAAGGAACAGUGGGCUCAUGGAUGACAUGGAAGAAGCAAUGGUCCAAGAUGCAGAGAUGUCAAUGGCAGAGUGCCAGAACGAGAGUGGGGAGAUGCAAGACCCAGACCCAGACCAUGAGGAUGCCAACAGAACCAUCAGUCCAUCAACAAGCAACAAUAUCCCACUCAUGAGGGUAGUGCAGUCUGUCAAACACACGAAGAGGAAAAGCAGCACAGUCAUGAAAGAAGGAUGGAUGGUCCACUACACCAGCAAGGACACAUUGCGGAAACGUCACUAUUGGAGGUUGGAUAGCAAAUGUAUUACCCUCUUUCAAAAUGACACAGGAAGCAGGUACUACAAGGAAAUUCCUUUAUCCGAAAUUUUAUCUCUGGAACCAGCAAAAACUUCAGCUUUAAUUCCUAAUGGGGCCAAUCCUCAUUGUUUUGAAAUCACUACAGCAAAUGUAGUAUAUUAUGUGGGAGAAAAUGUGGUCAAUCCUUCCAGUCCACCACCAAAUAACAGUGUCCUCACCAGUGGUGUUGGUGCAGAUGUGGCCAGGAUGUGGGAGAUAGCCAUCCAGCAUGCCCUCAUGCCCGUCAUUCCCAAGGGCUCGUCCGUGGGUACAGGAACCAACUUGCACAGAGAUGUCGCUGUGAGUAUUUCGGUAUCAAAUUGCCAGAUUCAAGAAAAUGUGGACAUCAGCACAGUAUAUCAGAUUUUUCCUGAUGAAGUACUGGGUUCUGGACAAUUUGGAAUUGUUUAUGGAGACCAAAGUGAAAUAGAGCAGUUGUUUGCUAAAUGCAGUCAUCAUCGCUAUCGAGUGUACUCAAUUAACCUUCAUCACCCUGGUGUUGUAAAUUUGGAGUGUAUGUUUGAGACGCCUGAAAGAGUGUUUGUUGUUAUGGAAAAACUCCAUGGAGACAUGCUGGAGAUGAUCUUGUCAAGUGAAAAGGGCAGGCUGCCAGAGCAUAUAACGAAGUUUUUAAUUACUCAGAUACUCGUGGCUUUGCGGCACCUUCAUUUUAAAAAUAUUGUUCACUGUGACCUCAAACCAGAAAAUGUGUUGCUAGCAUCAGCUGAUCCUUUUCCUCAGGUGAAACUUUGUGAUUUUGGUUUUGCCCGGAUCAUUGGAGAGAAGUCUUUCCGGAGGUCAGUGGUGGGUACCCCAGCUUACCUGGCACCUGAGGUCUUAAGGAACAAGGGCUACAAUCGGUCUCUAGAUAUGUGGUCUGUUGGGGUCAUCAUCUAUGUAAGCCUAAGUGGCACAUUCCCAUUUAAUGAAGAUGAAGACAUACAUGACCAAAUUCAGAAUGCAGCUUUCAUGUAUCCACCAAAUCCCUGGAAGGAAAUCUCUCAUGAAGCCAUCGAUCUUAUCAACAAUUUGCUGCAAGUAAAAAUGAGAAAGCGCUACAGUGUGGAUAAGACCUUGAGCCACCCUUGGCUACAGGACUAUCAGACCUGGUUAGAUUUGCGAGAGCUGGAAUGCAAAAUCGGGGAGCGCUACAUCACCCAUGAAAGCGAUGACUUGAGGUGGGAGCAGUAUGCAGGCGAGCAGGGGCUGCAGUACCCUGCACACCUGAUCAAUCCAAGUGCUAGCCACAGUGACAGUCCUGAGACUGAAGAAACAGAAAUGAAAGCCCUUGGUGAGCGUGUCAGCAUCCUCUGAGUUCCAUCUCCUAUAAUCUGUCAAAACACUGUGGAACUAAUAAAUACAUACGGUCAGGUUUAACAUUUGCCUUGCAGAACUGCCAUUAUUUUCUGUCAGAUGAGAACAAAGCUGUUAAACUGUUAGCACUGUUGAUGUAUCUGAGUUGCCAAGACAAAUCAACAGAAGCAUUUGUAUUUUGUGUGACCAACUGUGUUGUAUUAACAAAAGUUCCCUGAAACACUAAACUUGUUAUUGUGAAUGGUUCAUGUUAUAUUUAAUGCAUUAAACCUGUCUCCACUGUGCCUUUGCAAAUCAGUGUUUUUCUUACUGGAGCCUCAUUUUGGUAAGAGACAGAAUGUAUCCAUGGAAUAGUUCUGUUUGAUGUGUCCCAUUGGUGUUGUCAUUGUAAACAAACUCUUGAAGAGUCGAUAAUUUCCAGUGUUCUAUGAACAACUCCAGAACUCAUGUGAAAGAAUAAAUGAAUGAGGGGGGUAGGGAAUAAAAUCCUGAGACACAAAUGCAUGAACAAGUGUUAAUGUAUAGUUUCAAAUCCUUUGCCUUCCUGGUGUGCCUCAGUAUAUUUAAACUCAAGACAAUGCACCUAGGCGUGCAAGACCUAGUGCUCUUAAGCCUAAAUGCCUUAGAAAUGUAAACUGCCAUAUAUAACAGAUAAAUUUCCUUCUUUAUUAUAAUACUCUGUUGUACUAUGGAAAAUGAGCUGCUCAGCAACCUUUCACCUUUGUGUAUUUUUCAAUAAUAAAAAAUAUUCUUGUCAAAAUA